AUGACUCUGUACGGCUCGAUUCCCCUGAUGCAAGCGCACCGCGAGGACUCGACUGUUGGUGUGUUCUGGCUUAACGCUGCGGAAACAUGGAUCGACAUUGUCAAGUCAAAGACCGAGACUCAGACCCAUUGGUUUUCCGAGGCUGGCCAGCUUGAUGUGUUUGUCUUCUUGGGGCCGUCACCUAGCGACAUCAGCAAAAAGUAUGGCGAGCUCACCGGAUACACUCAACUGCCCCAGCAGUUUGCGAUCGCUUACCACCAGUGCCGCUGGAACUAUGUCACUGAUGAGGACGUCAAGGAGGUCGACCGUAGUUUCGACAAGUAUCAGAUCCCGUACGAUGUCAUUUGGCUCGACAUCGAGUACCUCGACGACCGCAAGUACUUUACUUGGGACCCUCUGACCUUCCCUAACCCAAUUGGCAUGGAGGAGCAGUUGGACGAGUCUGAGCGCAAGCUCGUGGUUAUCAUUGACCCGCACAUCAAGAACCAAGACAAGUUUGACAUUUCCAAAGAGCUAAAGAGCAAAGACUUGGCUGUGAAGAACAAGGACGGAAACAUCUACGAAGGUUGGUGCUGGCCAGGCUCUUCCAACUGGAUUGACUGCUUCAACCCCGCAGCCAUCAAGUGGUGGAUUAGCCUCUUCAAAUAUGACAGAUUCAAGGGAACCCUCCCGAAUGUCUUUAUCUGGAACGAUAUGAACGAGCCAUCGGUCUUCAACGGACCGGAAACCACCAUGCCGAAGGACAACCUGCACCACGGUAACUGGGAGCAUCGUGACAUUCACAACGUCAACGGCAUUACAUUUGUCAAUGCCACGUACCAGGCGCUGCUGGAGCGCAAGAAGGGUGAGGUUCGCAGGCCGUUCGUCCUGACCCGGUCCUUUUUUGCUGGUGCUCAGCGCACGUCUGCCAUGUGGACCGGAGACAAUCAGGCUACCUGGGAGCAUCUGGCGGCGUCUCUUCCCAUGGUCCUCAACAACGGUAUCUCUGGCUACCCAUUCGCUGGUGCUGACGUUGGCGGCUUCUUCCAUAACCCGAGCAAGGAGCUGCUGACCCGGUGGUACCAAACCGGCAUUUGGUAUCCAUUCUUCCGUGCCCACGCCCAUAUCGAUACUCGUCGCCGAGAGCCGUACCUGAUCCAGGAGCCGUUCCGAUCUAUCAUUACAGAGGCAAUCCGCAUGCGUUACCAGCUGCUACCUGCCUGGUACACUGCCUUCCACGAAGCCUCGGUGAAUGGGACUCCAAUUGUGAGACCUCAGUUCUACGUGCACCCCACUGAUGCCGCCGGUUUCGACAUUGACGACCAGCUCUACCUUGGAUCCACUGGUAUCCUUGCGAAACCAGUUGUCUCCGAGGAAGCAACGACUGCCGACAUUUAUAUUGCCGACGACGAAAAGUACUUUGACUAUUACGACUAUACCGUCUACCAAGGAGCUGGAAAGAGACACUCUGUUCCCGCUCCAAUGGAGAAGGUGCCUGUCCUCAUGCAGGGUGGACACGUCAUUCCCCGAAAGGACCGACCCCGCCGUAGCAGCAGUCUGAUGAAGCACGACCCGUAUACUCUGGUUGUUGUCCUCGACAAGAAUGGACAGGCCGAGGGCACGCUGUAUGUUGACGACGGCGAAACCUUUGACUACCAGCGCGGAGGAUACCUCCACCGACGCUUCCACUUUGACGGCUCUUCGCUAGUGUCUGAGGACAUUGCGACUCACGGCUCUCAAACAUCCGCGUACCUCAAGGCCAUUGCCAGCGUCCGCGUUGAAAGGGUUGUUGUUAUCGACGCUCCAAAGGAGUGGCAGGACAGGACUACGGUGACCGUGAUUGAGGACGGGGCCAAGGCAUCGACAUCGGCGUCGCUAGAGUACCACGCUCAUGAUGUCGGCAAAGCUCCGUACGCGGUGGUGAAGAACCCGAAUGUGGGCAUCUCCAAGGCCUGGCGGAUCGAAUUUUAA